AGGUUUCACGUAAACUGUUUACCAGUCAUGCCUCUGCAUGUCCCAUACCUAAGCUGAUAAAGCAUCUAUGCACUUUAAUCUCAAGUCUAUGCCACUCUUCUAGUACAGUGUGAGCUGUGCCUUGAACCUUGGAUAUAAAGAUCUACCAGCCAAAGUCUUGUUCCUGCCUUAGUAAUGUUCCAGAGGUUAAAUAACAUGCUCAUGGGAGAGAUUAAUAGCUUGUCCAGCCAAGAGCCAGAGUUCAGUGAGAAAGAAGAUGACGAGUGGAUUCUGGUUGACUUUAUAGCGGACACUUGCACUAAUUGCUCUGUGGAGGAAGCAGACAUCACUGAAGCAUCGGCUGUGGAUGGCUCUCCUGUCUUCUCUUGUUUACCGUCUCCCUUGGAACACUUGCCAGAGGCCAGCGAGUCUUGCUUCAUCCAGUUUGAGUCAUGUCCCAUGGAGGAGAGCUGGUUUAUCACCCCUCCCCCAUGUUUUACUGCAGGUGGAUUAGCCACUAUCAAAGUGGAAACCAGUCCGAUGGAGAACCUCCUAAUAGAGCAUCCCAGCAUGUCUGUGUAUGCUGUCCACAAUACCUGUCACGGCCUUAAUGAGUCUGGAUGUGGAGAUGAGGAGUUUCACAGCCCAGGUAGUCCCAGACUGGAGGCCCGAAAUGAAACAGGACAGCAUGUUCACUGCUAUGUCACAGCUCUUGCUACUCGUUCAACUUUUCUGGAAAAAACCAAGAGCUUUCAUCCUACCCACUGGAUAAAAGAACAUAACGAAAGACACUAUCUCAACAAAAACGGUCUCCGUCGCCAAAACCUCACCAGGGAUUGCCACUCUCGGCAAAUCAAGCACAACAGACUGUUUGUUCACCAGCCUUGCCAGCGUCAGUUCAAUUACUGAUGGCUCUCGUGGUUUUAAUCUAUGGUCUAAUUGUUUUUAGGUUGCUCUUGUUUUCAUGCAUAGUUAAGUGUGGUCAAUCUGAAGCUGGUCAUCAAUCCUUCAAACACAACUGUAACUAGUGUUGCAUUCUCUUGAAAUGACACACAAAUCUCUGAACAUCUUGCAGCAAGUUCUAAACAUUGAUGUUAAAUAUCAAUGUCUUGGAAGCCUAUCAGUAUGAUAGUUUGUGUGCUGUUUUAUAAACUAUGAUGUAUAGAUGGGUUCUUAAUUGGUAUUUUAAAGAAACUUAACUGAGAUGGAAAUCAGUUACACUUUGCAUUAAUCAAAGUGGAGUUAGAAAAUUUGAGGUUAGCUGUAUGCUUUAAAGACCAGUACUUGACAGCUUGUGUGUCUGUCUAUAUUCAGUAUAUAUGAUUACUUUCUAACAUGGAAAUUUUAUAGCUGCCGGUGGAUAUUACAUAGCUAUGCCGAACUGUUACAAGAAGGACAUCUAAUCUAAAUUGCCUAGAACCUACUUGUGUUAGUGGAAUCUGUGUAGGUGUGUUGGGUACUUAAUGUGGGUAUCGGAAAAGGGUUAAAUGUCCCCCCCAGUAUUGUUGCAGUAUGAUAUGGCACUGUGUUACAGAUGUAGUACCUCACAGUGGAGUGGAAGGAAAAGUGGACCUAUGGGUUAAGUGCAGACGCAGAACCCAGAGAGCUGAACUGGGUGUUACUUGGCACAGUUCGAGUUCUUACUCCCUUUCUCUAGCUCUUUCUCUUUCUGUCUUUGAAAGAUGUAUUUCCCCUACCCUAUUUCAUUUAAUCUCUAGUCUAGUUAAAGGAAAAAGAUGGUGGAUCAACCAUUCUUUUAAUCCUAUCAGUAGCUGACUGCUCUUUAAAGAAGUCAGGCUGAUGGAUAGCUAUUUCUGAGCUGCUAAUUGCUGUUAGAUUGUCUCAUAUUUACAGAUUGAGAGUAGCUCAAAAGUAGCUAGAAGGAAGGUUUUAUCAGAAGCUGUCCUAAUUUUCUCUCGUUCUCUCUAUGAAAAUGAAGUCUGAGUUAAUUGUGACUGGAAAUGAAGGGCAGUGUGUGGCAGGGAGAAGAGCAUGCUGAAAAACAGUCUUACACAAUUAAACACAGUGAUAAGAGGGUGUAUAAAAAUUGAGAUAAAUCGGCAGUGGCUGUUCUCCUAGCCCAUUGGGGGCAGAAGGACUGGAUACAAUUCUGUGGGCCAACAGGAAAGAAAAGCCAUUCAAAACUAACAAGUAGUUUUCUUAAGAACACUGUGUGAGAUGUUUUGGAAGUUGGCAGGCACUUAAAAAAAAAAAGUAAAGUUUACCUGUUUAACAAAGAGUGUGUAUUACACAGCAGCCACGUGGCAUGCCGAACCCUGAUAGAUCAAUCUAGGAAGUAGAUUAAAUGGCUGUAGAGGUGAGGAAACAGAAAUCUGCACUGAAAGAAGGGGGGAAAUAUAACUAAGUUUAUCCCCCUUUCUGUUGGUGCUUAAUGUGACUUACUGUUUUUCCUUGUGUUUAGUGCCUAGGGCAUUAAAGUGUUAACAUUCAACCAUGUCUUCCAGUAGUCCUUAUACAGAAGUUAGUAUGAGUCGUCUUUGAAACUAGGCAGGAUCAAUAAUGUGAAUUAUUCCAGACCUAUGAAGUAUUUGAAAUUCAGCCAAAUGCUUCAAUUUCACUGAAGCAAAAACCAACAAUUUGGAUUAACCUUGAUGUAGUGGUACUGUUGCACAUUCUGCAGCUAGAAUUGUUGUGGCAUAUACUUAGUGUACAGGAAACAACAUUUAUAAUCUGUUUCACUGCAGAUGUGCUGCUUCACUGGGAUUAGUUGGGAUUGUUGCAAAGGGAUGAUGACAAAUUGUUAAAUGUAUAAAAGCAAGAGGUGCUUUCCUGGAUACACUAGUCUUUUUUUUUUUUUUUUUAUAAGACACAUUGAAUUCACAUGGACAGUGAAAGAAAACAAAAUUGGUCACAUCAUGUGUUUCCAGAACAGAGAUUUUGUUACUGCUCUUCUCAGCAGUAUGUGCCCAU